AAUGAAUUAUUAAUAGGUUUUAAGAUUUCCCUUCUCCACCCACCGCCCACCAUACUUUCAAUCUUCGCCUAUUCAUAAAGAUUUCUUUUUUUUCUUCUGUUUUUUAAUUCUAUCAUACUAAUAAUUGUUGACAUAAUAGUUUAUCCACAAAAUAUAUACCUUUUAUUACCUAUGUUUGUUUGUGUGUAAUAGAGAGAGGGGGAGAAAGAGGAUAGGGAUGGAGGAGGGCGGUGUGGCAGGCGGUGAUGGUAGACGGGAGGAGGAGGAGGAGAAGUUGCUGGACGGGGUGGCGAUGUUGGAUUUUGAUAUGCUUUGCUCAACGGUGGCCAUGCAGGCCCGGAGUGGGAAAUGGGGCAAGCUGGUAUAUUUGGAUGGCGAAGAGGAAGAAAUGGGUGGGCAUGAAUACGGGGUUAAUGGAGAAGGGAGGGGAGCUUUUAGGAUGUGGGAAGGGGAGCUGCUGUAUGAUUGCUUAGAUGACCGUCGAAUCGCUCUUCAAUCUACUUGUUGCCCGUGCUACAGAUUUGGGAAGAACAUGAAGCGGGCUGGUUCUAGAUCUUGUUUAAUUCAGGGAUCUAUAUAUACAAUUGUUGUUAUGAUAGCCCUCAUAAACAUGCUAGCAUUUGUGGUUACAAAGAGACAUUAUUUUCUUUACUUAUCUAUUGCCUUUACCAUCUCUUUGGGGACAUAUUUGGGACUUUGCCGAAUCCAAAUUAGGAAAAGGUUUCAUAUCAAGGGUAGUGAUAGUCAACUGGAUGAUUGUGUCUACCAUAUCAUUUGUCCAUGCUGCGCGAUGUGCCAGGAAACAAGAACAUUGGAAAUGAACAAUGUCCAAGAUGGAAUCUGGCAUGGCAGAGGUGAUACAAUAUGUGUAGGUAGCUAUUCUGCGUUUGGAUUGAAUCCACCUCCCAUCCUGUCUAUGAAGUCACCUGAACCCAUCUCCAGUUCCCAUCAUGGCAAUCAACAAAAUGCUUCUGAAGGCGGACAUCCUUCAACUCCGGCGGUUCCAUCAUCCUAUGAGUGAUUCGAUAUACCUGUUGCGAAAAUUAGAUUCAGAGCAUCGUUCUCUUAGGUCCUUUCCCCUUUGUUUCAAAACUGGCCCUGUGUAACUAAUGUAAAUUGUGUAUAUUAAGGCUGCAUUGUGAUUUGCAACUGUAAUUUCAAUACAGAAGUUAGAGCUGAUAGAGAAAUGAGGGGUUAUUAAAGUUCUGACCUAAACUGCUUGAUGCCUUGAUCUGGAUGCAUUUUGGCCUUUUGGGUGUGUCAUUGCUCAAUUUACAGCAAGGGUGAUUGGAUC